AUGAGUGUUAUGCUUCCGAUUUAUGCCUCCGAUUUUUCUGUUAUGUUUCCUAUCCGAUUAGCGUGCGUAGCACUGUUUAAGCAACAACGGACUGUGCGAACUAGAGAUGGAUUAUCAAUGAUAAUUAGUGCUCUAAAGUUAAAGUCAUUUGAGGAAGUCCUGGAUCGAGCUCUUUGGGUAGAGCGCAGCAAUGCGAUUGCGCGUGAGGAACGCGAGUCGUUUGAUAGAGAACGAGAAAGAGAAAAGGGAAAGAAGCGAACCACUGGUGGCGCCGGGGGACAGUCGAGCUCUAAACGGCCCCCUCGGUAUCCACAGCCACAGCAGACGUAUCAGGGACCCCCGGGAUGUGUGAUUUGCGGCGGGAAUCAUCAAGCGGUAGCUUGUUCACAAAAGGACGGUAAAUGUUUUAAGUGUGGACAGCCGGGACACAUUAGUCGUGAUUGCCCGAGAGGAGCAUCAUCUGCUCAGCCUACAGCUUCAGUUCAGUCGCCUGCGAGGCAGCGUGCGGGUCCCCCACCCGCUAUGUCAGCUGGACAUACUUUUGUGCCGCGUCAGUACGAGCCACCCCGACCUGCACCGAGUGGUCGUGUCUUUGCAGCUCAGGUUGAGGAUCCUGCCGUAGUCGACGAUGUCGUGGCAGGUAUUGUUUUACUAGAUCGCGUAUAUUAUUGA